AUGGUCUCUGAAUUGGACAUCUCUGAGGAGCUCCAAGAUUUAGCAGAGCCAUUUACAAACGCUGGCCUCUGCGGAGAGAAUUUAUGGUUGACUAUCCUGGAGACGUGUAAUGAUGGCUUUGAGCGUAUGGCUGAGCGUCUCGUUGACCUGCCCGAGGUGACUAAGGUCUGCAGACACUUCGUUCGACAUCUGAGCCUCGUUAUCAUCGAUAGAGGAGGUGGAGCACAGAAAGGACGACAUUAUACGAACGCUCGUCACGAGAGAAGGGAUCAGGUACGCGAACUCCGUCUACUCAACCCCGGAUAG